UCUAAAUUUAAUUUAGUCACUGUUAUGGUAUGAAUUGUAACAAAUCGCCAUCAAUAACAACAAUUAUUCCAUAGUCGUAUUAUUAUGUACAAUUUAUUGUCAUACUGGUAAUAUGGCAGAUGUUUUUAAACAAUUGAAACAGGAUAGAGCCUAUACGAAUUUGGAUAGACUGAAAAUAAUUUUGCCCAGCGAUCCGGAUUGGCAGUUGAGUACGUACAAGAAACUGGUGGAAAGACAAAGGGACUUGAGCAAACAAAUUAUAGUAAACGAUUCAAUAUCCAUUACAUCGUCCCUUAAAGUGGGCUGUUUACUGCAAACGGCGUUCAUUCGGACACCCAAAGAAAUAUUAGCAAAACAGCAUAUCGAUUGUGCACAAGAACCUGACAAUGAAACAAUGGAGGAGUUUGACAGGAGUGCAGAACUGUGGACCAAUAAGGAAAUAGUUCUUGCAGCUCAAGUAUUAAGCGCCAACGAUCCUAAAAUACACGGUGUCAGGUUUGCCAACGAUAAUCAAAUGAGAAGAGUGUACGACAUUAUUUUCGACGUUUUCAGAUACCGAACGAUUAUCAACGAAAUACUCCACAACAUCGAUUUCAAAAAAAUCUACCCGGCCUAUACGAAAAUGGAGUUGCUCGUGUGGUUGAUGUUGUUUGAUUACUAUCGCAACAAAUUCAUGCCGAGAAUUCUAGAUGAAAAGGAUCUAGAGAGUUUUCGCAAAUUGAAACUAUUAGAAAUAGCCGAAAUCCUGUGCGGGGUAAAAAUCCAGCUGGCUGCUUCGUUUUCAAAAUUUAGGAUAAAACAUUGCGCAUUGUCUCUAUCCGACAUGCUGCCCAAACAUUUGCGCAACGAUCGAUUCAAGAAAUCGUCGGAAACCGUUAUUAGUUGUUGGAUAAAUACAUUUUUGACCAGUGUUGAACGCGUGACCAAAGUGUUGAACGAAGCGGGAUUGCGUCAAGUAAACACAAUCGCAGAUCUUGCACCUGGAACUUACAAAAUGGACGCCUUGCUGCCUUAUUUCGUACAAGUUUACCCCGUGGACAAAUCCGAAUUCCUCAAGAAAAUCACAUUAUUCCAGAGACACUUGCUGAUCCUCCAGGAACGAAGAUAUUGUCUGGGGCCUGCUAUGUUGGACCGAACGAUGAGUGCUCAUAAGCUGUGUGGAAAUGUAGCUCAAACGCAUUUUACCAUCCAAAGCGCUGUGGCUUACUUGGCGUCAUUGUUGUUCAAACGGAGACAGUCGUUAAUCGUUUUUGGAGCCGCCGAAAGGAAAACGGACUACUAUAGUUAUUUUGUUAAAUUGGGCGUGCAAAAUUGCAAGCUGUUGACCAAAGAUUUCUUGCAAUCGUCCACAGAAAAUCCUUUGCUGUUGGACAUCGUCGCUAUAUUGGCUACUCCGCCCAACACUAACACUGGCGUCACGGAUCCUGUACAGUUGGUGUGUUCGAAGGGUGGCGACUUGACGCUGCUGAAAGCCGUGGCCUCGGUGGACUACACAGAAGAGUCUGAAGACAUACCUUGUAUGUCGGAGCAAAGAGACACCCUGAGGAUGACCAUGUCUAAACCUCAGGUACAAAUCGUAGUGUACGAGACACAUUCUCGACUGGAGCUGGAAAACGGCGGCAUGGUCAAAUCGGUGGUGGACGAGAUGAACGGUUGGGCUUAUGAAAAACACAAUUCAGAAAACUAUUCCACGAUAAAACCGGAAGAGAUGUUCAACACAUCUGUGGAAACUCCUUGGCGCCCAACCGUAUUCCAACCAGUCGAGAUUCCAGACGUCGACCGGUUUGAAACUUUGAUAUUAUACCCAAAUAAGAAACUAGAAACCAUGGAGGAGAGUCAAGUCACAGGAAGCAUUUACUUGGCUGCUGUCAAGAGAGUGGAACUAAUGACUUUCGACGCUAAUCAUUUGAUACGUAUGGCCGAGAGAAGAGGCUUAUUUGGCAAGCCCGUUAAAGGGCGAAAGAACAAAACUGUCAGUCCUAUUAUGAUGUCUCUAACCAACAGCGAUGAACCGAGGAAAACAUUGAAGUUUGAACAAAUGCACGCAUUGGUUCCCACUCAUUCUUUUGCACAGCGUUGCGUCGCCAACACAUUGCGAUGCCCACGUUUUAUCAGACCAUAUGAUAAAACACGUUUGGUCGUUAGAUGGUGGCGUUGUUGUGUAAAUCAUGUUAUUAAAGCUCUAAGACGACCGUUUUUCAUGUGGACUAAGUUACAUAUGGUUAGAUUAAGAAGAACAAAGGACAGUAAGGUGUUAUGUUUGAAUAAAGUUGUUCCAAUAUUUAAAUCACAAAAUAUAAGAAAUAAUAUGGCGAAAAUGUACUUACAUAGAUAACUAUUUAACAAUUAAAAGUACAUACUAUUAUAUAUAUUUUUUUAUUAG